UGGAAAAUUGGAAGAAAAAGUCGUCGAAAUAUCAGCUAUCAAACAACUUUUUGCAGCUGAAUCAAAACGUCAAGGAAAAUAUUUUGAUUCACCACACUCUGUCAACAAAAUCCCUGGCUUUAUUAAACACUAUCAUAUUAAAACUGAUGAAUUACUAGAACCAGACAUAAGCAAAUACAAGUGCUUCAAUGACUUUUUUUAUAGAAAAUUGAAGCCCAACGCCAGAGCCAUUGCUGAUCCUGGUAAUGAUAAUGUUUUUGUUUCGGCUGCGGAUUGUAGGCUUAACGUUUAUGAGAAUAUUGAUCUAGCGAAAAAAUACUGGAUCAAGGGAAAACAAUUUACUGUUGCCGAUCUCCUUCAGGAUAAUGAAAUGGCUAAGGAAUUCGACGAGGGUUCCAUUGCAAUAUUUCGUUUGGCACCUCAAGAUUAUCAUCGAUUUCAUUCUCCAGUUACUGGUGUGGUUGGAGCAUCGAAAUAUAUUAAUGGCACUUAUUUUACUGGUAUGAAUUCUUAUUCAUCCAUCGCAUACAUGAAAUUAAAUAUUAUCAAUGAUGUUAUUAAUUUAAUCAUUUUGAACCUUUCCAUAAAAGUGAACCCUAUGGCUGUCAAUGAAGAACUUAACGUAUUUACAGAGAACGUUCGAUCUACGCUUCUUAUUCACCCAUCCAUGCCGGGCGCAUCCAAAGUGGUGUUCAUCGCCAUUGGUGCUCUUUUGGUUGGUUCAAUCAAGUACACAGUAAAAGAGGGUGAUCAAGUUUUUAAAGGUGAUGAAUUAGGUCAUUUUGCCUAUGGUGGAAGUACCAUAAUAUGCUUAUGGCCAAAGGGAGAGAUUAAAUUUGACAAUGAUUUAGUGUCAAAUUCUAUGGCAAGCAUUGAAACAUUGGUAAAAGUUGGAAUGAGACUUGGUGUUAGAGCUUCAGUUCCUCCCACUGAUUCCGAAUAA